AUGUCUAUUAAGCUGUGUGAUGUAAUUAACUUGAUGGAUCAUGGUAUUUUCUUCGAUCAAAUUUCUCAAAAUUAUACGUUAAAAGGAAGUUUUACCAAUCAGCAUUGUCCUAACCAAAACUGUGAUAAUGACGACAAAAAAAUUAGUUCUGCCUUUAUAGCAUUCCUAAAUUACUUUAAUGGUACUGGUAUUGAUAAGAAUUUAGAUAGUGAUAAAAUUGCUGAAUACGCUAUUUUAUGGUUAGGUCACAAACUGAAUCAAAAAACACAAAAUGGAACCACCAAAUUAAACGAUUUUUAUACCAAACAAAUAAAAACAAAUAGUAAAUAUGAGGAAAAUAUAUUUAAGAGUAAUAGGAUUAAAAAGAAUGAUAUAGAAAACAAAAUAGAAUCGAUGAAUAUCGAUAUUAAAGAUAUAUUUAAUUUUUAUGAAGUAUUUAAAUUAUUAUGUAAGAUGGGUGAUGAACUUGAUAAAAACAAAGGGCAAUGCAAUAUAUGUUUAAAAAGUGCUGGAGAAUUUUAUAAAAAAUAUGAAAAUGUUAAAAAUGGUUUAGAUAUUGAUAAAGGAAGUUCUUAUUUACAACUAUUGUUUAGUUUAUCAAAAGAUUAUGACAAAUUUAAAGAGAAAUAUAAAACAGUAUGUGGUGAUACCGAAUCCCUUGAAACUUGUUUACGAAGUUCAGUGACAAAAAGUCCAGUGAAAGAAUGUUCAGUGAAAGAAAUUCCAGUGACAGAAUGUCCAGUGAAAGAAUGUCCAGUGACAAAAAGUAUAUUAAUUCCAAUUGCAAUUAUAUUUGUUGUAGCAUCAUUUUUUUUUGGAAUUUCUUAUAAGUAUUCGUUAUUUGGAUUUCGGAAACGAUCUCAAAAACAAAAUUUAAGAGAAAAGCUAAAAAAAUAA